ACUUCGCUUUACUACUUCAAAUCUUUGUAUUCGUAACUCUUCUCUCUCUCUCUCUCAAAAAUGGCGAGAAAUGAAAUGAUAAUGCUGGCGGUGGCGAUGUGCGUCAUGUCGGCGACGGUGGUUAGCGCCACCCGGCCGGUGGUGAAUCCUUUCGUCUUGCAGGGUCGGGUGUACUGCGACACAUGCCGUACUGGCUUCGAGACCCCGGCCACUACCCCCAUUUCUGGUGCCGAGGUCAAACUGGAAUGCAGAGACAGAAUCACACAGGAAGUCAAGCACACAGAUUAUGGAACUACCGACUCAACUGGAACGUACAAGAUCUUGGUCAAAGAAGACCAUCAGGACGAGCUCUGUGAUUGCAUGCUUGUUAGCAGCCCCCAGAAUGACUGUGCAACAGCUGAUCCGGGGCGUGACCGUGCACUUGUGAUCCUUACAUCUAACAAUGGGAUGGCGUCAAAAGAUCGGUUUGCCAAUGCAUUGGGCUUUAUGAGGGACGAGCCCUUGUCUGAGUGCAAGCAAGUGCUCCAGCAAUAUGAACUGGUGUCCGAGGAAGAUUAAGAUCCUUUUCUGGUUCUGAAGGUUGAGCUUUGCUGGGCUUCCUUUAGCACGUAUUCUAUUUCUUUGGAUUGUUGUGUUUAAAUGCACGAUAGUUUGUUAUAGUUUACUAUUGUUACUGGACUCUUAAGAUUAUCUAUUGCGGCCCGUUUCUUGUUA